AUGAAGGAAGUUCUUUCCAAGAAGAGAAAGCUUGGAGGGUUCGAGAUUGUUGCUCUUACCGAAGGAUAUAGUACUAUGGCUACAAGUCGAUUACCACCUAAACUUAAAGACCCAAGGGGUUUCACUAUUCCUUGUAUUAUUGGUUAUCAAUUUGAAUUUAGAAGUGGAGAAGUAAGGCAUACCGCUGUUACUUUACAACUUGAUGAUCGUUCCACCGUGCAUCCUUGUGCAAUUAUGAAUAAUAUGUUGGUUCGAGUAGACAAGUUCAUCAUUCCUAUUGAUUUCAUCAUUUUGGAUUGCAAAGCCGACAAAGAUGAGCAUUGGAAUGAAUGCCACAACAUCCAUGAUUCUACCAACACUAUAGCAACAAUUGAGGAGUUAAAUAGAGACGAGGAAGUAUAA